AUGACAUCGUCAACGUCACUCAUGGAACUUGAGAACAUCUUGGAUGAUAAUAGCGAGGGAAGGAAACGAGUUGAAGAUGUGCUGGGGCCCACAUGUUCAGUGAAGACGGGCCAUCUAAGUAUUCAAGUAAGUAACAUGUACAGAACGGCGGCAAGAGUCUCAUCGAGUAGCCAGGAAAAAGCAUGGUCUAUAAAUGUGGCCCAUAAAGUAGCAAUGUCCAAUGGGUACCCAGCUGGAGAUGGUGCUACCCGACAAGCACGGUAUCCCUCUUGA